UACAGUAGCCAACAAAAGUAGAGGAAAUUCUCAGUCUUUAUAGUCUUUUAGCGCUACUCUCUUUCUUUCAUUCGCUUCCAGGGAUUUUUCCCUUUGAUUUUUUAGGGUUUCUGGUUACACAUUUGGGAAGACAGAUACCCAAAGGCAAUAAGCAUUAAUGGAGAAUCAUCCAAGCACUGAGUUAUAUGAUAUAUUGGCUUCAAGAAAAGCUGAAGAAGCAGCUUGUAGACGAUUCCAAGCGGCUGCUUGGCUUGAAAGCAUUGUUGGUCCAUUAGGCAUAUCAAGGCAUCCAUCAGAGAAGGAGUUUGUUUCUUGCUUAAGAAACGGUUUGAUUUUGUGCAAUGCCAUUAACAAAAUUAAUCCACGGGCAGUGCCUAAGGUUGUGGAGAACCAUACACCUUUACAAUCACUAACCCGUGAAUCACAGCUGCCACCAGCAUACCAGUAUUUUGAGAAUGUAAGGAACUUCCUUGUGGCAGUUGAAGAGUUAAAGCUGCCUGCCUUUGAAGCUUCUGAUCUUGAGAGGGAUGCAUUUGAGGCAGGGUCAGCAGCAAAGGUGGUUGACUGCCUUUUAGCGCUCAAAACAUACCAUGAGAGCAAGCAAAUGAAUGGAGGAAAUGGCUUUUGUAAGCCUAUUAGAUCACCUAUGUUCAUUCAUCCUGCCAAUGGGAACCAUUCUGUUUCAAUCUCAGCGGACUCUUGUAGACGCUUGGACAUGUCAGCAGUAUCUGAGAAAAUUACACCUGCAGAUGUUGACAUUGAGAACCUUUCUGAUUUAAUUGUCAGGCUACUUUCUGAACAUAUGGCUGAUGCAAAGGAAAACAUUAAUGCCAACUUUCUCAUGUCCUUGAGUUCCAGUAUGGAUUGGGAGAAGUUAUUGAGCAGAAUCAUUUCAAGCUGUAUGGAGAAUAAACUUCAGAACAAUUCCCCUGAGUUAAAAUCAAUAUUUGAAGAUUUUCUAAAAGAAACAAGUACCUCACCUGCUCAUUUAGUAUCAGCAACUCUAGAGGAUUCAUUUAAACUUGGAGAUUCCAAGUGUUGUCGAGCUUGCUUAAGAAAGGGUAACUGCAAACACAAGCAUUUAUUUCAAAUACACGAAAAAGAACUUAUGGAUCUGAAAGCCCUAUUGACAAAGACAAAGAAUGAGUUUGAGGAUUUGCAAUCUCACCUUCAAACAGAUUUGAGAGACCUUGGAUGCCAGGUACAGGAGAUGUCUACUGCUGCUCUUGGAUAUCACAGAGUUUUGAAAGAGAACAGGAACUUAUACAACAUGGUUCAGGAUUUGAAAGGAAAUAUUCGAGUUUACUGCAGAAUUAGACCAGCCAUUGCUGGUGAAAAAAAUAAUGUGAUAGAUUUUAUUGGAGAUGAUGGCUCACUAGUGAUCGUGGAUCCAUCAAAGCCCAAAAGAGAAGGAAGGAAAAUUUUUCAGUUUAAUCGAGUGUUUGGUCCUACUGCUAACCAAGUUCAAGUAUACAAGGAUACUCAACCAUUAAUUAGGUCCGUGAUGGAUGGUUAUAAUGUAUGCAUUUUUGCUUAUGGUCAAACUGGAUCAGGGAAGACAUUUACCAUGAGUGGUCCUUCAGGUGGGUCAACUAAAGAUAUGGGGAUUAAUUUUCUAGCUCUGAAUGAUCUAUUUCAGUUCUCUAGGAAAAGGAAGGAUGUCAUAAAUUAUGAUAUUCAAGUUCAAAUGGUGGAAAUAUAUAAUGAGCAAGUACGAGACCUUCUAGCAGAAGAUUUAUCAGCCACUAAGUUAGAGAUUCGGAGCUGCACUGGUGACAAUGGCUUGAGUCUUCCAGAUGCUAAAAUGCACUCCGUGCAGUCCACUGAUGAUGUUCUCAAUCUGAUGAAACUUGGGGAGGUGAAUCGAGUUGUCAGUUCCACUGCAAUGAACAAUUCAAGUAGUCGAUCUCACAGUGUCCUAACAAUUCAUGUGCAUGGUAGAGAUAUAUCUGGAAGCACCACUCGUAGUUGCCUGCACUUGGUAGACCUUGCAGGAAGUGAAAGAGUAGACAAGUCAGAAGUCACAGGAGAUAGGCUCAAAGAGGCUCAGUAUAUCAACAAGUCUCUUUCUUGUCUUGGAGAUGUUAUCACAGCAUUGGCACAGAAAAACUCCCAUAUCCCUUACAGAAACAGCAAACUCACACUUCUCCUGCAAGAUUCCUUGGGUGGACAUGCUAAAACAUUGAUGUUUGCUCAUAUAAGUCCAGAAGCAGACUCUUUUGGAGAAACAAUCAGUACUUUGAAGUUUGCUCAAAGGGCAUCCACAGUGGAACUUGGCGCUGCUCGCGCUAAAAAAGAAAGCAGUGAGAUUAUACAACUCAAGGAACAGGUUGAGAACCUUAAGAAGGCAUUGGCAAGCAAGGAAGCAGAAAACAUGCAGUUCAAUAAAAUGAAGGAGCCAAGGUCCCCACGUGAGAAAUCAAAAGCAAUGACUGAACGAACUCCUCCGCGUAUGCGGAGAUUGAGCAUUGAGAAUGGCAGCAACAUGAAGUCUCAAACAGUAAAUCCCAUAGACAGAAAGGGAUCAAAAACAACUUCAGUACCAAGUCGUUCCCGAAGAUUAAGUUUGGAAGGUCCAAGAAACUAUAAGAAGGAUAAUUUCCAGUCUAAGGUAGCACCAGAUGACAUAACCAAGCCUCUAUAUUUUGACACAGUGACACUGCAGAAAUAUGGUCAAUCUCAAGAUCCAGAAGCAAUGUCAAAGAUGUUUGGGCAUGCUGCUAUUGGCAGUUCAAUGCUGGAGGUCUAUCGUGCUAAUGGUCCUAGAAGUAGUCCUCCAAGUUCUUCCCAUCAAAAGCGAACGGUCAAAACUGACAAUAGGACACAAAUUCCAUUUCCUCAGCUUCCAACAACACCUGAACGACAACUACCUUCCAGAAACGAGGUUGAAAUUGUGAUGCAAAAUGAAUGUGCUCUUCCUACAGAUUCUCAGACAAGUAAUUUGAUUAGUAGUACAAAUGGCAAAGGAUCUCAAAUAAGGAAAUCUUUGCGAACAAUUGGAAAACUGAUUAAUGGCUCGGAGAAGAGGAAUCAACAGCGUUCAAAGGAAGCAGAGUCACCGGCCAUCAAUGGCACAGGCAAUAACAAUGAUAUAAAGUCACCAAUUACAGCUAAUGGAAGGGCAGUACGAAGGCAAUCACUUACAGGAGUUCAAUCUGACGGGUCACGCCGAUCUUCUCUUGGAGGGAAACCAAUCGACUCUGAUGACUCAAGAAGGAAUGCAAGGACACCCCCUCCAGUUCAUUCAUCAACAAAGACAACAAAAAGAUGGCUUUAACUCAAACUAAGUGAAGAACCCUGCGACAUUGCUUUGACUUGAAGCAUGUGAACACCUCCAGUCUUUUCCAUUCGUCCAUCAAGGUUAAUAGCUAUUCACUUAACAAAGCUGACUGAAGAGUAUGCCAAUGGUGCUUUGGCUCAAAGCACGAGGUGCUAACAUUUUUUAGGAAAUACUUGUAGUUGCAAGGUGAUUUCCUGACAGAUUGAACACAUGAAAUUCAUGUACAUAAGAGAAAUUUCAUAUGAUUAAUAAUUGAUUUACUUGAUCCCAAAACCUGAUCUUUUAUUUGUUUCGAAUGAUUGAUUCAUUGUUUUUAAUCAUAA